ACCGGACGUGCGCGAAACUGGAGCGUAUGCUCGUGCGACACUCCUCAAGCACGCGCACGGCGAGGCCUUCCCCCCUUUCCGAUCCUCCAUCUUGAGCGGCUCGCGUGUUGAGCAACCAUGCAGCUGUUUGUACGUGCUCAGAACUUGCACACCCUUGAGGUGUCGGGACAAGAGACUGUCUCACAGAUUAAAGCUCAUAUUGAAGCUUUAGAAGGUAUCUCUCCUGAGGAUCAAGUUGUACUUUUGGCUGGUGCACCUCUGAAUGAUGAAGCUGUCCUAGGCCAGUGUGGUGUUAGUGAGCUGAGCACCUUGGAGGUCACUGCACGUAUUCUGGGAGGUAAAGUGCACGGCUCUCUUGCACGUGCAGGUAAAGUAAGAGGCCAGACCCCAAAGGUUGACAAACAAGAAAAAAGGAAAAAGAAGACUGGCCGUGCCAAGAGACGCAUGCAGUACAACAGACGAUUUGUGAAUGUGGUGCAGGGCUUUGGCAAGAAGAAAGGACCAAAUGCCAACUCUUAAUUUGCCCUAAACAAAAUAAAGCACACAUUGAAGCAA